AUGCCUACUGACCCAGAAAGGGCUGACGACACCGCCCUCCCCCUGCCCCUUGAAGGCAUCCGCGUUCUGGAUGCCACCCACAUCGUCGCCGGCCCAUUCUGCUCGCUGAUUCUGGCCGACAUGGGCGCUGAGGUCAUAAAGAUCGAGCGCCCCCGCACCGGCGAUUUGGCGCGUGGUCGUGGCCCAUUCAUCGGCGACGCGGACACUGGAAAGAUCAGCAGCCGCUUCCUCGGCGUCAACCGCAACAAGAAAAGCGUUACCCUCGAUUUGCGAAACGCCACCUGCAAGGUUGCCUUCGAGAAUCUGGUAGCCAACUCCGACGUGCUGCUGGACAACUGGGGUCCGGGGGCCUUUCGCCGGCUGGGAUUCGGAUACGAUCGCCUGCGGGAGAUCAACCCCCGCCUCAUCUACGCGGAGAUCACCGGCUACGGGGAUGGCGACGGAGAUAGCGCCAUGUCGGGUUGGAUGGACAUCACCGGCGCACCCGGCGGAACGCCCCAGGCCGUCGGCGACAAUAUGGGCGAUUCGGUGCCUGGCGUCUGGGCCGCCCUGGGCAUCGUCCUGGCGCUGGAAACCCGUCGGCAAACCGGCUUCGGCCAGCACGUCGACGUGGCAAUGUACGAGUGCAUGGCCUCUCACGUCAUCAGCAACAUGAAUGCGUACCAGGCCACCGGAAACACGCCCGGCCGCACCCGUCAGGCAUCCCUGGGUCCUGGGCUGGUGUUUCGCGCCGCCGAUGGCUACGUCGUAAUGGCAGGUGUCCGCAGCCCCCAACGCCUGGCCGCCCUGUGGGAACUGGUGGAGCACCCUGAAUUGCCCCAGCAGGACCCACGCUACCUGGAGCAGUUCCCCGACGCCGAUUUCGUGUUCGAUGAGGUGAUUCCUGCCAUAGAGACCUGGUCGUCUCAGCGCCCCAAGUGGGAAGUCGCCGGCCGAUUGACGGAAAUCGGCUUCUCGAUGGGAGUGGCCCAAAGCAUCGCCGACCUGGCGGACUGUCCUCAGCUGGAGGCUCGCGACAUGUACGUCGAAACCGCCGAUACCCUGGGCGGAACCUUCCGCUCGCUGGCAACACCCAUCCAGCUCACCGCCUGCCGCCCGUCCGCCACCGGCACACCGCCAACCCUGGGUCAACACAACUCCGACAUCCUUUGCACCCUGGGCGGCCUUACUCCCGAGCAGCUGGCCGAACUGGAAGCGGAAGGCGCGGUGUAA